AGCGGCGCGGGCGGCAUGGCGGCGCAGGGCAGCCUGGUGGCCAACCGGGGCCGGCGCUUCAAGUGGGCCAUCGAGCUGAGCGCGCCCGGGGGCGGCAGCAGGGGCCGCAGCGAGCGGGGCGGCGGGCAGGGGGACUCGCUGUGCCCGGUGGGCUACCUGGACAAGCAGGUGCCCGACACGAGCGUGCAGGAGACGGACCGCAUCCUGGUGGAGAAGCGCUGCUGGGACAUCGCGCUGGGCCCGCUCAAGCAGAUCCCCAUGAACCUCUUCAUCAUGUACAUGGCGGGCAACACCAUCUCCAUCUUCCCCACCAUGAUGGUGUGCAUGAUGGCGUGGCGGCCCAUCCAGGCGCUCAUGGCCAUCUCGGCCACUUUCAAGAUGCUCGAGAGUUCAAGCCAGAAGUUCCUCCAGGGCUUGGUGUAUCUGAUUGGGAACCUCCUGGGUCUUGCGCUGGCUGUUUAUAAGUGCCAGUCCAUGGGGCUCUUGCCCACGCACGCAUCGGAUUGGUUAGCCUUCAUUGAGCCUCCUGAGAGGAUGGAAUUCAGUGGCGGAGGGUUAUUGUUAUAAGAAAGCAGCAUCUGGUGCUUCCAGACUCUCACUUAGAAUCUUUAUGCUCAGUAGCUCCUCAGCUACUUACAUUCAUACUGACGCCGAAAAGAAUCAGAAGUCCUCUUUCGUCGUUUUGGAGACAAAUCCCAGUGAUACAACAAACAAAACUGUUAGGACUGCCUUUGACUGAAAAUAAUGUAGAAAACUUUAUUUAUGUGUCUAGUACAGAGCAAAACAACAAAUAAAACCGUAACUAUGUAAACAAA